AUGCAUAUCUCCACGUUCCUGGCUUUUACGUGCGCUGCGCUGGUGACCGCCACUCCUGUCCCUAGCCCGCUUGAGGCCUUCAAGCGCGCCGGUCCGGCUGCCGGCCAAAUCAUCACGAAGUGCUCUUCGUCAGGCAUGUUGGCUUUGGCGUUCGACGACGGACCAUACCAGUAUACGCAGACCUUGGUUGACACACUCAAUGCUGCCGGAGCCAAGGGAACCUUCUUUGUGACUGGCACGCUCUAUGGCUGCAUCUACAACCAGAAGACGGCGCUGCAGAACGCGUACAACUCGGGCCACCAGAUCGCCUCGCACAGCUGGAGCCACCCGUCCAACUUCGGCUCGCUCAGCGCGGCCGAGCUGACGACGCAGAUGCAGAAGCUCGAGGGCGCGCUCGUCAGUAUCAUCGGCAAGAAGCCGACGUACAUGCGGCCGCCGUACCUCGCCACCGGCGGCAGCGUCCAGUCGACCAUGCAGACGCUCGGCUACCGCAUCAUCACCGACGACGUCGACAGCGGCGACUGGAACGGCUACAGCGUCGCCCAGAGCCAGCAGCAGUUCACCAACGCCGGCGCCGGCGGCAACGGCCACAUCCCGCUCAUGCACGAAACCUACCAGUCGACCGUGACCCAGCUCGUGCCGUGGCUGAUCAACUGGGCCAGCCAGAACAACUUGAAGCUCGUGACCGUCGCCGAGUGCCUUGGGGAUGCCGGCGGGGCUUACGCGAGUGGCACCCCUGCUUCUUCGCAGACUUGCUAA